GAUAGGCUCUCACCCCGGUGGCAAGCGUACACCUCUCAUGUAACCAUGCAAUACACGAAGGCAUGCGUCGUCUCGAACCCUGCAGACUCCAGGAAAACUGGGCGGCUUCCAGCCGGAGCCAGACGCGAGGCGGGGGAACGGCUGCUGCAGCUCCGGGCAGCAGGGGGCGCUGCGGGGCAGGCCAGAACCGCGGCUCCGCCUGCGCCAGCCUCUGGGUCCCUGGGCGGAAAACACACGCGUUUCCAAAAGGAAUCUCCGGUCGUGGACCUGAACGUGGGGGGUGAGUUCUAUACCACCACCUUGGGCACCCUGAGGAAGUUCCCAGGCUCAAAGCUGGCAGAGAUGUUCUCCAGCCCCGCCAAGGCCUGCCUGGAUGCCGAGGGACGUUUCUUCAUCGAUCGCUGCGGCACCUACUUUGGACCCAUCCUGGAAUAUCUGCGCAGUGGGCAGCUGCCCACCCAGCACAUCCCGGAGGUGUACCGCGAGGCUCAGUACUACGAGAUCAAGCCUUUGAUCAAACACCUGGAGGACACGCCCCAGAUCUUCGGCGAGCAGGUGGCGCGGAAGCAGUUCCUGCUGCAGGUGCCAGGAUACAGCGAGAACCUGGAGCUCAUGGUGCGCCUGGCGCGCGCCGAGGCCGUGGCGGCGCGCUGCUCCCGAGUCCUGGUGUGCCUGGUACGAAACGAAAAGGAGGAUGCCAACUGCGCAGACGCCCUGCGCUCCCUGGAGGCGAACAAAAGGUCAGUGGUCAAAUUCGGGCCUUGGAAGGCAGCCCUGGAUAUCAGUGACCUCCUGGACUGCCUGAACAUGGACAUUAAGGCCCAAGGGUACCAGGUAUGCUAUUCACACAACAGUCCGUUACCAGCCAAGGUCUCCGACUACUUCUAUACAUUCAGCUUCAGCUGGUGGUGAUCCCCAGGGGCCGGGGCUCUUUGUUAUGGGCUCUGGUGGGAAGUAUGAAAUUAAAAGUUGCCUUAAAGAGUCAUCUUUCUUUAAAUUAAAAAACAAAAACAAAAACAAAAAACAGACAGAAGUUCCCUAAUGGUCCAGUGGUUAAGAAUCCACCUGCCCAAUGCAGGGGACGUGGAUUUGAUCCCUGGUCUGGGAAUAUUCCGCAUGCUGCAAGGCAACUAAGCCUGUGGGCCAGAACUACUGAGUCCGCCACUCUGGAGGUCUGCUCAGCAACCAGAGAAGCCAGCACAAGGAGAAGUCUGCCCACGAGAGCUGGGGAGGAGCCCACCCCCCAGCUUGCCGCAACCAGAGAAAGCCAGUGCACAAUGAAGACACAGUACAGCUAAAAACAAAUAAAUAAAAUUUAAACAAAAAACCAAAUAGACAUCAGAAAUUUCCAUGGUGGUCUAGUUGAGUUUUGCCACCAAAUAUUUGUUUCCCUCUUGAGGUUCUUUCCAUCCAUGGCAACUGACUCCACUGUACUUGCCUACUGAGGUGCAGCUGUUUCUUCUGUAAAGUCUCAUGGACCUGCCAGACCCUUCCCUGAAGUCUAACAGCAAUGUGGAGAUGAGUUGGAAUGUUUCAACCAUGCUUUGGCUGGAGAUGUGGGAUGACAGCAGAAAGUAAUAGGGUGUCAUGAAUCUAGACAGUCAGACCUAAAAAUGUAAUCCAGCCAGCCUCAGCUUGUGGUCCAGUCUUCUAGCCCUGGUGUCUGCCUUCAUGAGGAAGAUGCCACAUUAGUACUCGACAUCGAUGCGGCUCAGAUCUUCUCUCCUGGGUGCUGUGAGUGUUGGCUGCUGAAACCUCACAAGUGUCCUCUUCUGUAGAGCAGCAGUUCUCAAUGUGUGGUUCCUAGACCAGCAGCACCCCCAAUACCUGGGAACUUGUUAGAAAUACAGAUUCACUAGUCCCUACCUCAGAUCUACUGAAUCAGAAACUCUGGAAGUCUGUUUUAACAAGUCCCCCAGGUAAUUCUGAUGCACCCUAAUUUUGAGACCUGCUCUAGGAAAGAAUUGCCAUCUCACUUGUGUGGAGGUUCAGAAGACUGAUCCCUCACCUCAAGGAGGAACAGGUCUGAUGCGGUUCCUAUUUUAGAGCUCCUGGGGAUCAGGCUGAAGUCAGCCUUUGCUGGACACCACAUUCCUGUUUAGUGGUCUUCUUUGACUUUGCCCUGCUUCGCUCACUACCCUCCCCCCCGCCCCCCGCCCUUCACUUGAGAACACAUCCUCACUAAGUCACUUAAAGAAGAGACUCACUCAGGUUCUACUUCAUAACCAAAGACAUUAGGUAACUUUAAGGAAGACACCUUCAUCCUCUCCAAGUUCAGGUCUGGUGUAGAUGGCCCACAUUUCCUACCUAGUUUGACUACCAUGCAUCCUGGGUUCCCUGGGACUGAAGGUAAAGUUUAACUGCCAAGCUGUAGGGAAUUAACACUGAAUCAGGAAAUUUCAAAUUUAAACGUAAAAUUUCUCAGAACAUAGUUAUUUUCAGUGAGCAUUUUAAUUCAGUAACUGCAUCUGCUUGUAUAUAUUUUUUAUUCUCAAAGCUUGUUCCGUAUUUUUCUUUUUUUUUGUAUUUAAUAUGGCUGACAGUUUAAAGUAGAAAAAUCCUAAAUGUCUAUUUGAACUUUGUGUCAUGAUUCAAUUCAACAUUAUUCAUAAGGAGCCAAAAAACGUUCAUACCCUUUGAUCAGUAAUUACACUUCUGAGAUUUGAUUCCAGAGAGACACUCUGCUCUAUAAGAUCUAACUAGGAUUGCUUAAAAUCUCACUUUUAUGAAUUAUGGAAAGAUCAAUGUCCUCCCCAAGAUUUCUGCACAUUCCCAGAGGGCCUGUCUUCUUAAGGUCAGUUCUGGUUCUCUGCUCCUGCUAGAUUCAUUCAGCAUCGGGAUCAACUAGAUUUCUUAACCUGUUGUGCUGUUCUAUACAAUGCUUACCCAGAGUUAACAGUCAAAUCUUUUCCUGAAUUUUUACAGAUACCACUCGCACCAGCUAUUUGCUCACAUAACAGGCAAAUAAAAGGAAGGGAGUUUACCACACAGAAAUGCAAACAACUUCAAAUUUAAUAUUGGGCAUAUCUAUUCUUAAAAGUGUCUUAAUCACCCUAUCACUAGAGGUUUUUCACUAGUAGAUUGUAUUUGUUUUCUACUCUUUCUUUUCUCCCUAUUCCUGCCGCGCUUCUGUGUGUGUGUGUGUGUGUGUGUGUGUGUGUGUUUGUGUGUGUGCUCAGUCAUGUCCAACUCUUUGCAACCCCAUGGACUGCAAC